AUGCUCAGUGACUCAGAAAACUCAUCGGAGACCCAUUGGACCACGAUCCAAAUGCCUGUCACGAAGACCCUCCUCAGACAGUUUUUCAACGUCACUCCUGAUCCUCCAGUCAACAUCUCUUUCCGCCACUGGGGGGUGCCAUACUUGAAGAGAUUAGGGCAUCUGGAUGAGGCUCUCUAUGAGGACUUCUACGGUCUGUGGAUCACCCUCAUGGUGGUCAACAGCAUCAUGUUCUUGGUGGGGCUCGUGCUAAACAGCUUGGCUCUCUAUGUAUUCUGUGUGGGUACAAGGUCUCGCACGGCACCUCUUAUCUACACCAUUAACUUAGCCGUAACCGACCUACUGGUGGCGCUGUCUCUCCCAGCGAGGAUUGCUCUGUAUUACAGUGGGGGUAGCUGUGUGGCUUGUUCAUAUGUGCAUACUUUUAGCUAUUUUGUUAACAUGUACUGCAGCAUCUUGUUCCUCACGAGCAUCUGCGUGGACCGUUACAUGGCAGUGGUUUGGGCUGCUGGCACAGCAGACCGCUGCAGAAGUCCUGGUGUGGCUAAAUGUGUUAGUGCAGGGGUGUGGCUCUUUGCUGUGGUGGUCACCUACUCAUUCCAGACCACAGCUUUGGAAUUUGCUGGAUCGUCCUGCUGCCGCCUGCCUGUGCUGUUUGCCAUUACGUUGCUGGAGUUUGUGAUCCCCCUGCUGGUCAUUGUAACUUUCACAGCACGAGUUGCCUGCGCUCUCGCCAACGACCGUCUCAUGGCACAGAGCCGUGGUCGAAGGGCGAGAGCUGUGCGUCUGUUACUGGCUGUGCUUAUCGUCUUUGUCAUCUGCUUCACGCCCUUCCAUGUGCGUGAGGCCCUUGUGUACUUCCACCUAGGUGGUGGAAAAGAACAGCAAGUGGUUGCCUAUCACACCACUGUGACCCUCAGUAGUCUAAACAGCUGCCUAGACCCCGUGGUCUACUGCUUUGUACCCGAUAACUUCCGCUCUGCCCUGCGCCGCGCUUACAGGAGGAGGGAGCAUCGGCAUUCCAGUGCAGUGGAGGUAACCAGCCCUCGCCGAAGCUCCAAAGGGUCCAGCACCACCAUGGCUGUUGUUUACAGUAUAGCCACUCUGACACUCAGUCGCUGCACCGUGCCUCCUGCAGAGCUGUCUGCAUGA